AUGACGACCCCUGGCGCAGCCGCAACCUCCUUUCCAAGCGGCAUCGCCGCGAUUCUCAGCGACGCGAAUGACGCGACGACGCCCCCCGCCCCUUUCUCCGCCGCCGCAAGCCACGCGCUCGCCGCCACAGUCGGCCCGCUGAGCACCAGCGGGGCGACGGGGGGCGGGAGAAAGGCGGUGACUGCGGGGAAGGGGAGGAAGGGGCCGAUCGGAAUCUCCCCGCACUGGAGCGCGAGUUGCAUGGGGCGCGCGUGCGGGGUGAUGGAGCGGCCAAUCAGCGUGUACGUCGUGUGGUACGGCGCGUUCUCCGAAGCGCAGAAGCAGAUGGUCCGCGCGUUCACCGCGUCGCUCAGCCCGAACGCCGACCCAUCCGUCACAGGUGCUGUCCCCUCGUUGCAAGCACUGACAGGUGUUGGCCCCUCGUUACAGGACGCGGGGAUGGAUGGGCUGCUGUCGGUAUUCGCACAUGAGCUGGCAGAGGCCACGUCGAGCCCGUUCAUUGCCACGUGGUUCGAUGGGAGUGGGCAGGAGAACGCCGACAAGUGCUCGUGGCAGUUCCCCCCAUCCUCACAGGUUGCCCAGUCCCGCACCACUCUUUCUGUCCCUCUCUGCCUCUUCCACUGCAGGUUCGCCCCCAUUCUCACUGACGCCUCUGGUGUUAGGUACAACCUGGUGGGGGUCAACGGCUUUAAGUUCCUCAUUCAACAGAAUUGGGACCUCACCACUGGUACCUGCGCCACCACUCUCCCCUACCCUUCGCCGGCGUCCCCUCCCCCGCCGCCCAAGUCCCCCCCUCCGCCUAAAUCCCCCCCGCCGCAAUCAAAUCUGGAAAAGAUAUGGAGAAAAAUAUGGGGGAGAGGGAAGCGAUGA